CCCCUUCCCCGCUUGAGACCUAGCCCCCUGAGCCCAUUCGUGACUGCUGGGCUAGAGAGCCUGGGGCUGCUUCCCCAAGAGGAGCUCUCGAGGCGCGCCCAGCAGGACUGGGACCCUGCAGGCGUGGCGGGGGGGAGUCCUGGGGGUCCCAGAAAGCCCAAAGGGGGCCGGAGGUGCGGAAGAUGGGGAAUAGACCUUCCCUUAGCAUCCCUAGGGCUCCGUGCUGGAGAAAACCUCCCAUCUCGAGCGCAGGGAAAGCGACUGGAGAAGAGGCACCCGAGCCCGGAGCUGGGGGUCCCGGCCGGCUGACCCGGGCGAGGGCGGAGAUCCGGAGUCCCCGGCAGUGGCCCCGAGUCUCCUUUCCAGAGCGGCCGGGAGGGGGGGCGGAGGCUGGGGGCAGGAAGGAUGCGAACCCCGCCCUCCUUCGCCCCGGCCCCGCCUCCAGCCUCGGAAGCGCCUCUUUUUCGCCCCGGGUCUGAGGCUGCUGGGGAGGGACGGAGCUAGUCCGCUCUUCUGCGAGGGCACAGUUCAGGGCUCGGGUCUCCGAUGGAAAAAUCUCAACCAGAGUCCAGAGCAGCAGAGGAAAGUGCUCACCCUGGAGAAGGAAGAAAACGAGACCUUUGGCUUUGAAAUCCAGACUUACGGCCUUCACCACAGAGAGAAGCAGAAAGUGGAAAUGGUGACCUUUGUGUGCCGAGUUCACGAGGCCAGCCCUGCCCAGUUGGCAGGACUCACACCAGGAGAUACAAUUGCCAGCGUGAAUGGUCUCAACGUGGAAGGGAUCCGGCACCGGGAGAUCGUGGACAUCAUCAAAGCAUCUGGCAAUGUUCUCAGACUGGAAACCGUGUAUGGAACCUCCAUUCGGAAGGCAGAGUUGGAGGCCAGGCUGCAGUAUCUGAAGCAAACUUUGUAUGAGAAAUGGGGGGAAUAUCGGUCACUGAUGGUGCAGGAGCAGCGACUCGUGCACGGUAUCGUGGUGAAGGACCCCAGCAUCUACGACACCCUGGAGUCGGUGCGCUCCUGCCUCUACGGGGCGGGCCUCCUCCCGGGCUCGCUGCCCUUCGGACCUCUGCUCUCGGCCCCGGGAGGCGCCCGAAGCGGCUCCGCCCGCCCGCGAGAAGGCUCGGAUGACUCAGUCUACCACACUUGCUUCUUCGGGGGGGCGGAGCCGCCAGCCCUGGGCCCCCCAGCCCACCCCCAGGCGCCCCCCCCGCCCCCCGCGCCCCGGCCCCUGCUGAGUCGCAGCGCCAGCGUCAAGUGCCCGGGCCCCGGGGGAGGCGGGGGAGGCGGCGCCCGGGGCCAGCUGUGGGCCGAGGCCCGGGAGCAGGGGCUGUGCGGGCCAGGGCUGCGCAAAGCCAAGUACCAGAGCUUCCGCCGGCGGCUGCUCAAGUUCAUCCCGGGACUGAACCGCUCCUUGGAGGAGGAGGAGAGCCAGCUGUAGGGGGCCCGGAGGAGGGGGGCUACCGUUAUUUAUUUAUUUAUUCGGCGAUCCCUGCGGGCGGAGAAGGGCUGGAGCACGGCGAGUGUUGCGGCGGGGUUGGGGCGCAAGGACCCCCUCUCCCUCCUGCGAUUUGCCUGCAGCUGUCCCGACUGGGGGGCUCUUUCUGUUCUCCCUCUAGGGAAAGGAGCGGGGUCUUUGGCUGUCCCGGCUGCCGGCGGCGCCGAAGGCCCAGGCCGGGGAGUGUGGGGGAGAAUCUAUGGACGCCAUUUGUGGGCUUCCGUGGUGGGGGCAGGGGGCAGGGCUCUGGAGUGCCUUGGGGGUAGGUGUGCCCUGCGUCCCGGAUGGAGUCCCCUCUGCUGGCUGCCCCUCAGCCUUGCUGUGCCUCUCUCCCUUCCUCCCCACCCCGACACCCAGUUCCACCCCUCCUCUCUUCUGUCCCCCAGGGGCCAGUGGGAACGAAGUUUCCUGGGCUUCUGGGGACUGCUUCUAGGCCAUCCCUUUCUCCUAGGCCUCUGGGAUCCCAGAAUGGGUCUGUUGAUAAGUGAAGCCAGCUUACUUGUACUUGUCGGGGCAGCCUAGGAAUGGACCCCCAGGAGGGCCCUGGAGAAACUGUGUGAAGUAGGGCUCCUCCUGGGAGCCUUCGGACUCCCACCGCAAGGACUGAAUUGGGGGAGGGUCUGUGGGGGGGAACAGACUGUUUCAAUGUUCACCAACUUGUUGCUUCUGAAGGACAUACUAUAAAAAACUUUUUAAAAAAAAA